AUGAUCCUCAGGUUGUUUUCUUUCAAGCAGACUCGAUGCUUUUCUGCGUCAUCAUCAGUUAUGUCAUCAAAACUGACCGUCCGAGAGGCCCUUAACGAAGCGAUCAGGGAGGAAAUGGAGCUUGAUAAAAACAUAAUAUUGCUAGGUGAAGAAGUAGCCCAAUAUGACGGUGCUUAUAAGAUGGGGUUUACUGGUAUGGCCGUUGGAGCUGCUUUUGCUGGCCUCAGACCGAUAUGCGAGUUUAUGACCUUCAAUUUUGCCAUGCAAUCAAUUGACCAAAUUAUUAAUUCUGCCGCUAAAACAUUCUACAUGUCCGCUGGACGAGUCAAUGCACCGGUGGUCUUUCGAGGUCCAAAUGGUAUAUCAGCUGGAGUUGGUGCUCAACACAGUCAGGAUUUUUCUGCUUGGUAUGCGUCAUGUCCGGGCAUCAAAGUUAUAUCCCCAUAUAGCUCUACAGAUGCCAAAGGACUUCUUAAAUCUGCUAUUCGUGAUUCGGAUCCAGGUAGAUUUUUUGAAGUUGUUUCUUAA